GCUGCUGCAGCUGGUUAUUUAUGGCGUGAAUGACUUUGGUGCUUUGGAUUCAAACUUGAAGAGCUCAGUUAAAUUAAUCGGUGAACAACACAGUCCCAGCCGUCGCCAGUUGCCAUCCAUCACCCUCCUUGGAAGUCAUUUAUUUCUACCACAGCCAGCCACAGAGAGGCGAGAGAGAGAGAGAGAGACAAGGCUGUACAAGCAGAGAAUAUAUCUCUCUCCUGUGUGUGUACUCUUUGGACUCUCACUCCAUCCGGUCUCCGCUGAGGUUUCCCCACCUCAGUCUCUUUCUGCUUAACUCGAGCUGAGGCGGUGGAUUAACUUGUGGAGCGGCACAGAGGAAGGUCGUUUCGAAGAGGAGAGUCGGAGGGAAGGUAAGAAACAGAGCCGGAAGCAGGAAAGCAAGCAAACCGCUUACGCUUGCAUGCAUGGAAGGAGGAGAGAGCAUUGUGGUGUCAGGGUGUGAAGGAGGAGGUGGUGGAAGAGGAGAUGGAGCAGGAGGUGAAGGUGGAGGUGGGUUGGGAGGAGGAGGAGGAGGAGGAGAGAAGGAGUUUCCUGCUUUUUUUCCUCCAUCUCCGUCGCCGACUCCGUCACUGCAGCCGGAGGCAUUUCCCGGCGUGGUAAGCGGGGUGACGGAAAUGGCCGUGCCGCCGGCGGAAGGGGCUGGCCUCGCCAUGGGGGUGCUGGGGAGCGGCGGCGGCGGGAGCGGAGGUAGCAGCGGUGGAGACCUUUUCGGGAGGAAGAAGAGAGGGAGGCCGAGGAAGUACGGGCCGGACGGCAUGGCUCUGGCGCUGACACCCACCUCCGGCUCCCCUAUAUCUCCCGUCUUCUCCGACGGCAAACGGGGUAGAGGACGGCCACCUGGCUCCGGCAAAUACCAGAUCCUUGCUGCCCUCGGAGAGUGGUUUGCAUACUCGGCUGGAGGGAACUUUACGCCGCAUGUUGUGACCAUUGCCACAGGGGAGGAUGUUUCUGCUAGAAUACUCUCCUUCUCCCGCAAGGGUCCGCGGUCGAUUUGCAUACUUUCUGCAAAUGGGGCUAUCUCCAAUGUCACUCUGCGCCAGCCGGGUUCUUCUGGUGGUACCUUGACUUAUGAGGGCCGAUUCGAGAUUCUUUCUCUGUCUGGGUCCUUCACGAUCACUGAAAACGGCGGUGUACGAAGUAGAACUGGUGGGAUAAGUGUGUCGCUUGCUGGUCCCGACGGCCGUGUUAUUGGUGGAGGAGUUGCUGGACUACUGCUUGCUGCUAGUCCAAUUCAAGUAGUGGUUGGAAGCUUCAUGCCGAACACUUUCAAGGAGCAAAAACCGAAACCAAUUCAGCAAGCAACUUCUCCAUCAUUUCCGGCGACUACUGGGUUGUUGACAGCCGCAAGGCCUGUUUCGCAGGCAAACCCCGAGGAUGAGUGCGAGACCCCAACCUCAUCGUUGCCCGGGCAAUCCCACGCCGAAAAUAGCAUGCACAACCCCACUCCAAACCCUACUCUUCAUGCGCCAGGAUGGCACGGUCUACAGUCAUCAGAGCAUAAGCCUUCUCCUGACAUCAACAUAUGCUUGCAGGGAGAAUAGCUCCAAGGUACUUCUCUUUACACCCUAACACUACCAAACUGUUCUAAUAUGUGUAACGAUAUUUCUGCUAGAUGUUAGGUUAGGGAUAGUUUAGUCGUCUGACAAGGUAUCCGAAUCAAUGAUCGAACACUGUUCUGCUAUUACUUUGAAAUUGUUGUCGUCGUCAUCUUUGUAGCCUUGUGGAAGCUUGAGGGAACCUGUCUUUGUGGAAUUCAUGAUAACUGUUGAUGCUGGAAAUUAACUUGUUUCUUUGGUGAUAUGCAUAUGUUUUGUCUA